AUGCCAUCAAGUAAUCAUUACUCUAAAGUGUUCACUAGAGAGGAAUGGCAAGCGAGAGUGAAAAAAGAAUCUGUCCUCGUAGAUGAAUAUGAUGUAAGGAAUUUGGUGACAGAUACAUCUAACGAUAAUAACAAAAAAUUGUCAAAGACAAUUUAUCAAACUGGUCUAUCUACGCGUAAAACUAUUAGUGAGCCAAGCAUUCCGAAAUUACUAUUAAAUUAUUUUGUAACAAUGGCAUACGAGUCAGCAAGCAUUAGAUUGGCAAAAGAGCUGGGUAUAAUUGAAUCUAAUAAGGAUAUUAAGGAUUUUUUAAACUUAUAUAAGAUCGAAGAAAGGGCUAAAAUUAUGGUUCUGAUUAAAAAGGGGAAGAUAGGGAAAGUAAUUGAUGAAAUAAAUUCAAAUUUUGGUAUAGAGGUUCUAGAAUUGACAGAAGAUAGAAAGGCUUCAAACAAGAAAUCUGAUGACGACUUACAUUUUAAGUUGUUGCUAUUAAAUUUAAUUGAGAUGAUAAGGGCUCAUAAUAAUGAUACUAGAUCCAAUGAUAGUAUAGAUCCUAAUGAUGAUAGUGAGUUUAUUAUGAGUUUAGUUGAAUACGCCCAGAACAAAUUAAUUUUAAAAGUAUCAUCAAAUGAAAUAUAUAUGAAGGAGCUGGAGCUUGUGAUGACCUUACUCUUGUUUCCGCAAAAUAAACCUGAUGCUAACAAGUCUUUAAGCGAUAGUGAAACAGAAGAUGUUCAAAUUCCUCAAUUUUUAACUGAUUACUAUUCAUUAUCCUUACGGUCCAAAAUUGCAGAGGCCGUUAAUAGAAGGUUGCUUAACAUUAUACACCCUUCCAUUAUAAAGAGAAGUGGUGACUUACUGAGGUUUCCGGAUCUAAUUUCAACAGAUAGCAUAUCAAAAUAUCAGAACCAUAGUAAUAAUAUGAGUCAAACAUCAUUUUUUUUAAAUACACAAUCCAAAAGGGACAAAGCUGCAAAUGGUGAUGACAGUCAAUCUGAUGAUAUGGAAGUAGAAAAAACAGACUCUCAGAUAAAUGUUAGAAGUCCACAACCUAAUCAUGAGCAAUCCACUAGUAAUUAUUGGACAAGUACAAAAAAUGAUAUCAUAUCAAACAAUGAUUUGAAUGAUAAUGAUUAUACAGAUGAUCCUUCUGUGCACGCAGAUGAUUCUCAUGCCAAAAGAAGUCUGGGGUCAACCAGAACAGAUCUUUCUGAUAUUCAAUAUGAAUCAAAGUUGAUUAAAUUAAUGAAACUAUGGUGCUGGUGUGAGAAUAAAUUGCAUGAACAAGAUAUCGGUGUUCCUCGUGUUACGACAAAUGAAUAG